GAGUGGAUGCUGAGAUUAAGGGAGAGUAGAGAAAGAAACAACAAGGGGCAAAGGACAGAAGUUCAAGGGAAUGUCAUGAAGGAACAGCCCAAAGGAGGCUGAGAUGGUCGAGCAGGAUGAAGAGCGCUGGAGCAGCUAAUCCUCACAGACCUGUAGGAGCUGGAGUAGGAGCACCGGGAGCACCUUUUCUUCUGAGUCUCGGCAUCUCUGAAAGCUUCAACUCUGGAGGCGAUGGGUCGAAAGGAAGAAGACUCCAGCUCCUGGAAGAAGCAGACCACCAAUAUCCGGAAAACCUUCAUCUUCAUGGAAGUGCUGGGAUCAGGGGCUUUUUCAGAAGUUUUCCUGGUGAAGCAGAGGAUGACUGGGAAGCUCUUUGCGCUAAAGUGCAUCAAAAAGUCACCUGCCUUCCGUGAUAGCAGUCUGGAGAAUGAGAUUGCCGUGUUGAAAAAGAUCAAGCAUGAAAACAUUGUGACCCUGGAGGACAUCUAUGAGAGCACCACUCACUACUACCUGGUCAUGCAGCUUGUUUCUGGCGGGGAACUCUUUGACCGGAUCCUGGAGCGGGGUGUCUACACAGAGAAGGAUGCCAGCCUGGUGAUCCAGCAGGUCUUGUCAGCGGUGAAAUACCUCCACGAGAAUGGCAUCGUCCACAGAGACUUGAAGCCUGAAAACCUGCUGUAUCUAACCCCCGAGGAGAAUUCUAAGAUCAUGAUCACAGACUUUGGUCUGUCCAAGAUGGAACAGAGUGGAGUCAUGUCCACUGCCUGUGGGACCCCAGGCUACGUGGGUGAAUCCAUGGAGAGAAAGCCAAAACUCAGAGUCGUACCUCCUUGGGUGUUUCACUGCAGGUUGUGUGGGUAUCCCCCCUUCUAUGAAGAAACUGAGUCGAAGCUGUUCGAGAAGAUCAAGGAGGGCUACUAUGAAUUUGAAUCUCCAUUCUGGGAUGACAUUUCUGAGUCAGCCAAGGAUUUUAUUUGUCACUUGCUGGAGAAGGACCCGAAUGAGCGGUACACCUGUGAGAAGGCCUUGAGGCACCCGUGGAUCAAUGGAAACACAGCCCUCCACCGGGACAUCUACCCAUCAGUCAGUCUCCAGAUCCAGAAGAACUUUGCCAAGAGCAAGUGGAGGCAAGCCUUCAAUGCAGCUGCUGUGGUGCAUCACAUGAGGAAGCUGCACAUGAACUUGCACAGCCCAGGCAUCCACUCAGAGGUGGAGAACAGGCCCCCUGUCACUCAAGCGUCAGAAGCCUCAAGGCCCAGCUCCGCUGAGAUCACCAUCACCGAGGCGCCUGCCCUGGACCAGAGUGGCCCACUUCCGGCCCUGCCCCGGCUGCCCUGCCAGCACAGCCCCCGGACCGCAACGCCCGGGGGCAGAUCCCUCAACUGCCUGGUCAAUGGCUCGCUCCACAUCAGCAGCAGCCUGGUGCCCAUGCAACAGGGGCCUCUGGCUGCUGGGCCUUGCGGCUGCUGCUCUAACUGCCUGAGCAUCGGGGGCAAAGGGAAGUCCUCCUACUGCUCCGAACCCACACUCCUCAAAAAAGCCAACAAAAAACAGAACUGCAAAUCAGAGGUCAUGGUGCCGGUCAAAGCCAGCGGCAGUUCCCACUGCCGGACAGGGCAGACUGGAGUCUGUCUCAUCAUGUGAUCCCCGGAGUCCACGCCUGUGUCAGUGUUCAGGAGAGAUGGUCAUCUCUUCUCUACCCUUCCAAACCCGGAGCCCACCCUGCAGCGGGAGGAAGGUGGAGCACGAGGAGCAGGGCCUGGCAGGAGUGGUUUACAGUCAAGGUCAUGAACAGCAUGCUGCCACCACUGCCCGGGGCAGACCCUCACUGAAGGCCCAGCACUGAGCCUCAAGGUGUGGAGGCCCCAUUGAAGCCGUUGGCAGGAGGGUGGCACCCACCCGUCUCCAGGUCCCCAGCCUGCCUGCUCUGCGCCCUCACACCCGUGUGCCGUGGCUCCGUGCAGUGAACUAGGUAGCUCUCGCCCGGGUCUGUGUUGUUUGUGAUGAAAAGCUUCAUAGGCUGGCCAGGCUGUGUCGCCUUCUCCGAGCAAAGCCAUAUGGAGCAUCGACCCAGACUCCAGCUCAGCACACACUCAUCCCUGCCUCCCAGGCCUUAGUCCUCAGGGCCGAAUGGGCUCAUUAAUGUAGUCAGUCAUUGCUCAUCUGCAUGAAUGACAGGCAGCUCUGUGGGCCACCUUCGAGCUCUCCAGUUCCCACAUUUGAUUCUAGAAUUCACUCCAACUGGGCUGAGACCCAGCCAGCCUGCCCCAGCACCACCGCCCUCCUUGCCCUGGGCCAAAGGCAGCCCCACAGCCUCCAAGGUGAAAAAGAAAGAAAUCAGUGAUUAGGUAGUGCAAGCAAUUGUAACCCUGGCCACAACACCCCACCCACACCCAAUGAAGUGCACACUGGAAGUUGACGGUUUUCAUUUCAGGUGGUUAAUUCUCCCCCUGCUUAUGCUCUUCUUUCUCUCUCUGGAUAUCGGGGAUACUAUUCUUGUCCCUCCCUAAUUUUCUUGGACCCCAUGCCCUCCAGCUUCAUGCUCCAUGUUAUGCUCAAUAAAAUGGACAUAUUUUUCUCUA